AUGGUACUCUUGGUAGAUAAGUUUACAAAACUCUAUACCAAACUGGAGAAUCAUUACCACCAUCAUCACCAUCACCAUCACGAUGAUCAUCAACGAUUAGAUGAAGCCUUAUCAGGUUUUCGGUCUGAUAUUCUGUUUUCCCUCAACCAGUUUCUGGAAAAUUGGAAUCCGAUUGGAUCAGAGAAUCUCACCCUGCCAUGGAUUCAGCAAGCUCUAGAGCUCAUACCCAGUGUCAACCAGGCUUUUGCAAAGCUGGCUGUGGAUAUAGACUAUCCCAUGAGAAAAUGGGAGGCACCUUCUGUUGAGAAUUAUCUCGACAAUACCUUCCACAUCUUAAAUCUUCUCAAUUCUAUAAGUUCAGCACUUUCUCAGCUCGGUCAAGUUCGCCUUUCGCUGUCUCAUGCUCUCAGCCUGCUUGAGAAUUCGCCUUCUCUGGCACUCCAUCAUCUCAAAGUGAAGAAUUCAGUAUCAGCCAAGGAUUUUCACAAGCCAGAGAAUACUAACAAGGCAAGCAGUGAAGAAAUAUCAGUAUCAUUGUCCGGGAAAGAGAGAAUUAUCCAUCAAGCUCUGGUUGAAAUCAAGAGUAUAGGCUUUUGGGUUUGCGGUAUUCUACUGUCUGGUUUGCAUGGAGAAGCUAUACCAUACUUGGAGAUCAGAAAACUGGCAGACGGGUCCGCUAAUUCAUCAGUGAAUGGAUUGGAUUCAUGGGUUACCCAGCUCGUUUCGGGUAAAGGGUUUGUGUUGGAGGAUGUGAAAGGUCUGAAUUAUGCUGUGGCUUCCCUUGCGGCAGCCAUAACCAAUGGAGAACAACAGAGUGAUGCAGCUGAGGAAUUGAGGAGGAAACUGAAGGUGUUUGGGAAGGCUUUGGAGGAUUUAGGAACAGGAGUGGAUUACAUAUUUUCCUCAACAUUAACCAGAAGAAAUCAGCUACUCGAUACUGUCCGAAAACAGAAUCAACCAUGGCGACAGGAGCAGAAAAUAUUUAAUCAAACAAAAAAAUUGUAUUUUUAG